AUGUCGGAUAUGAUAAUAAAUGAUACUGUUCCAGUUGAUAAGAAAUGGAAUGAACUUAUCAAAUAUAACAUAUUUAUAAUGAAAUUAAUAGAAUUUGUUAUUUCGGUAAUACUUAUGACAUUACCCUUUGCUUUGGCCGAAGCAGACACAUUUCACUGUUUGGCUGCUGCACCGACCCUUAUCUUAUCCUUUAUAUUCAUCGUGUUGUAUUUAGUGGACCAAGCCCAAGAUUUGGCUGAGCAGUUAUAUUUGUUUACACAAAUUUUUCUCAAUGUAGUGGCAUUAUUGCAUUUAAUUAUAGAGCCAAGUUCAGCAGGAAUGUAUUAUGGACUUUUUUACUGUCAUCUUAUAAUUGCACUUUGUAUUGAUUUUUAUUAUGUAGUCAAAGAUAAAGGAUGUUUAAUAUUUGCUGCUGUUAAAUAA